UUUACUGUACCCUCCGAAUUCCGGACUGAGCUCGGGGAGCACGGUGACCAGCAGCUGCCUAGACGAGGUCCACGCGGUGGAAAAAGGCCGCUUCGACCUCGCCAGCAGCAGCUGUGUGCACUGGAGGCGGAAUUGGAGCAGAAACUGAGAGAUUUGAAAGCUGCCCAAGAGGAACAUGAUAGGCUCCAGCAACGUGCAAAGGUGCUGGAGGUUGUGCUGCCUAUCCGGGAGCAACAGGUGCAGCUGCUGAAGCAGAGGCGGCAGGUGGUCUAUGGGCGGCAACAACCAGCGCACGUCCAUAAGCAGGACGACGUGCCAAGUGCCAACGCGGUGCGUAUCACUAAGUUGCAACCGUGUGUCUCCAACGGCGGGCUCCCGUCUGGUUCAGAGUCACCGUCAGCUGCCGACGGCACCUUGGAGCUUGGUCCCAAGUCUGCGGAAACGUGCCAUCGACCUGCGGCGCUGGCGCGCGCUAUCCAGGUUUCAAUCGAUUACGUCAAGGUCAUGAACCAUGCAAACACAUUCACGUCCGGCCAGGUUGCGGUCUUCACCUCCGUGCCUGCACAUGGCAGCGUGCCGCCCCACCUCCUGCGGCACAUGGUAAACACGUGGAAGCAGUGGGUGCGCGAGGCGGGUCUCGUGCUUCACGCAUAUGACGCUCGUCCGCACGACCCCGGACCACAGCUCAAGCUUGCGCAGCUGUACGAGCAGCAGCUGACGCCCACGUUUCGAGCAAUUCGGCUUGAUUAUCCGUUUUUCCUGUCGGAACUUAUGUACCUCAACUUCGAGACAGGGGAGCGUGGGGAACCUCCGCCGGACAGUUUUUGGGUACCCGUGGUGCAGGGUUUGCGGUUCAGCCCCGAGCAGAUUGCUGACGCAGUAGCCGCGUUGGCGCUGUACAAGGAGCGGACCGCAAAGGCGCUGGAGGAGCGGCGCAUAUUGGUGGCGAAGCUGGAUUCAGUCUUGGCGGCAGACCGCCGGCGGUCGCCCUGGGAAGAAGGCCCGGGUGCGAACCAGGGUCAGUCCGGCCCGCUCAAGUGCUGCGAUGUCCUUUUGGAGCUGGACUACCUGACGGCGCAACUCUACCGCAAUGUGAUGAACCAAGGCGGCGCGCUGGAGGCGGUGAAGGACUUCAUGGGGAGUAACCUCUUUUCGCUGGUGCAGGUCGUCCGGGGCAGCGUGCUGUCGUACCCGUACUUCCCUGACGCAAUCGCAAUUCUUAACUGCCUCAGCACGAUGUCGCCUUUCCCUGUCAAAUAG